CGAGGGUCUUGCAAAAAAAUUUCGUUUCCGCGACCAUUGUGUUUACUUAUACGAACAAGGAGAACAUCUAGCGAUGCCUUGCAUAGAGGACUGGCUCACUGACCCCCUCAGUGUUAUUGAAGGAAUAUUCAAUGAAGCAGGAAGCCCAGAUCACGAAAAAGUGGGCGAGUUUUUUUCUAGUCGAUUGCAGAAGAGCGAAGCGCUCCAGCGAGUUCCCUCGUUGAAUGAUAUUCCAAGUCAUCUUCUCAAAUCAAAGAAUUUAGUCAGAUUCCGAUGCAUGGUGCAGGACAUGUUCGAUCCUGAGUUCUACCUUGCCGUGUAUGAAACGGUGAACAAGGUGGACAACUCGUCGAAGUUGCAGUGCGGAAUGUACCAAGAUGUCGUCAGAUGUCCUGAAAAUUUCGAACUUCGCCUAGAGUCACCGAAGAACAUAACCAAAGAGAGGCAUAUUUAUUACUGCGUACCAAUACCAGGAGAAACUGAAUGGGCGAGGAAAGCAUUUGCAAGGGGAAAAGAGACUUCAGACUCCGAAGCACAAGUGUCUGGGCGGAGGAACCCUGUUAUUAAGAGGGUUCUUGAGGAAGACAUGGACGAUGAAAAUACCCCAGCUUCUCAGCGUGGGUGGCAAGUGCCCAAUGUGGCCUCCAGUGAUGAUGACGCUAAAAGAUCAAAAUCCAGGGAGAUAUCAGGUGGAAGUAAUGUUCCAUCCCAUCCAUUAAAUACUGAUCUAAAUUUUCCUCUCCCAAAUGAGCAUGGCCCAGCUUGCCUUGUCCAUGUCUAUGAUCAAGAAAGUACCCUGAAGGUGAAUGACAUGGUAGAGUUCAUUGGUGUGUUGUCAGUUGAUCCUUGUCUUGCUUUGUUCAAUGAUGAUGAUAUGGGAGAUGGUGAUGAGCAAGUGCCACUAGGUCCUACCCAUGAUGACUUAAUCACUCCAGAAGAACAAGCUGUUCAUCAUCCACCGCCCUCACUAGUGCCACGGCUGCAUGUGGUAGCAUCUUGCAAUCUAGUCCACUCUAACCCAUGUAUCCCUAGCGGCAUUACAAGACAGCCAUCAAUUGCUAAUUUACAGCAGCUUGCUGAUGUAAGGGGUGAGGUGGUGUCUCUGCUGACCCAGGUUAUGUGUGGUGAUAGCCUAGCUGCAGAGUACUUGCUCCUCCAUUUGAUUUCCUCAGUUUACAGCUGGACAGGAAUAAUGCCUGUUGGAAAGUUUACUUUGAAUGUCAGUGGGUGUCCAUCCUCAGACUCAUUCCCAAAAGAGAUGCACAAGCUCGUGGAGCAUCUUGUACCAAAGUGUCAUUUUCUGCCUAUGACCUUAAACAACAUGAACACACUGAACUUUGUUCCCAAGAAGGACUACACAGCAAAUCGCCUCAAGAGCAGCAUCCUUCAGUUAUCGCAAAGCACCAAUUUAAUUGUGGAUGAAACAGCUUUGCAAGCUGGGCAACUGAAUGCAAAUGGUGUCAAAAAUGUCACAGCCCUGGGAAAUGUCAUCUCCUGGCAGAAACUAGAGUAUGACUUCAAUUUCUACAAAGCAGACUUCACCACCAAUCUUCUGAUACUGAUCCUGUCAGAAGGAAAGUCACUGCUUCCUGCAGAUUGCCAUGUGGCUCUCAGACCCCACCAAUCACCCCAACCUGUUGAGAAGGUUUUGAGCAGGAUCUCAUCAGCCACAAUACAGCAUAUGCGAGCAUUCUUGGGUGUAGCACGUCUGGCAGAGUAUUCUUUGUCCUCUGAGAUGCAGAAGAUUCUUCAGGAUGACUUUGUGAAAAGCAGGCAAGAAAAUCAAAGCAGCAUGACUCCUGAGGACUUCCAUCUCUUACUUUUGCUCUCACGGCUCAUGUCUCUGAGUCAUGGGCAAAGCACCUUGACACCUGAGAUGUGGAACCAGGUUAAACAGAUGGAAAAAGAUAGGAGAGCUCGUCUUAUCUGUUAGUUCCCACAACUAAGUUGAUUCACAUGUGUUAUGUUAAUCCACUGCACAGAGCUGGCCUGAAUGGCCCUUGCAGAAACUAAAACUUGCAUGUAUGUGUUCAUUGACUACUGUGUAAGAUGAUAAUGCUGUAAAACUUGAGCAUAUAUCCUUGUACAUGUUUAAACUUAAGAUGCGUUAUGCUGACUUUGAUUGUUUUCUGAAUAGAAAAACCACUAUGUUAUGCUAUUGGCUAUAAACUGUAUUCCACCUUCAUCAUCUCUUGAUUAUAGUAUAUAACGUGACCAAUGAAUUUGCAACUUUGUAUAAUAAGAGGUUUUUGUGCUGAUGCAUGGAGGAGGCCAGAUUGACCAUUAAAGCCAAUCUCCCUCCAGAAAACUGGAUAAACAUGCAAUAAAGUAUUUGAUGAUUUGUGUUAGA